AUGACCGACGGCUCGCGCGUCGAGCUGUGGCGAGGGAUGAAGGGCCACGCCACCGCAGUUUAUUAUUUUCAAACGCGAAGCUAUCUCGCGGACAGUGAUCUCGGCGCCCCCGCGCGCGGAUACCGUAACCCCCGUCGUCGCGCCCCCGACCCGCGCGCGAUGACGUCCCCCGGCGGCGAGCGCGAGCGCGAGCGCUUCCGCCAGACCCUGGACGGGCUGCUGUACUUCAACCCCGACGAGCCGUCGUCGGCCGCGAUCGGCGCACACCUCGGCGGGUCGUCCGCCCCCGCCUCCGCCUCCGCCUCCGCCGCGUCGCGAAGCGCGAACGAGCCGGACGCGCGCGGCCGCCGCGUGGCGCGCCCGGGCGACCGCGGAGACUUCCUCCGAAGGCUCGCGACGUUCGCGCCCGGGAAGUGGUUCGCGAAGCCGCCGAUCUUGUCCCCGGUCCCGUGCGCGAGGAAAGGAUGGGAGUGCGUCGCGGUCGACGCGCUGCGGUGCGAGGCGUGUCUCGCGCGCGUCAUCGUCCGCGCGCCGCCGGACGCGACGCGCGAGCAGCUCCUGGAGAUCGCGGUGAAACAGGCUGGGAAGCUCGACGACGCGCACGAGGAGUCGUGCGCGUGGAGAGGCGCGAUCGGGUCCAUCGCGGGCGGGGCGUCGCCGUCCGUCCCGGUUGGGGGGAGCGCGUUCGGGAGCGGCGGCGGGUUCGCGUUCGGCGUCGGCGCGGCGACGUCGACGCCGUUCGGUGCGCCGCCGGCUUCUGCGGGCGCGGCGGCGGCGGCGGCGGCGGCGCCGGCGAGGGUCGCGGACUCGAGCCCGAUCCGACCGUUCGGCGCCGCGCUCACCGCCGCGGGGGUCGACGCGUCCGCCGGGAAGCGCAAGCGCGGCGCGGGCGGCGACGAGGCGGAGGAUAAGACGGCGGCGGAACCGGAGCCGACGCCGACGCCGACGCCGACGCCGCCGCCGAGCGUGCCCGGCGCGAUGCACCCGCUGCGGCAGCACCGCGCGCACUGCGCGUGGGCGACCGUCAACGCGGACACGUUCAGCGGCGGCUUGGGCGCGGGCGCGGUCGCGGGCGUGCGCCCCGGGUGGGCGCGCGCGUGACGCG